CCAUUCCUGGACCGUCCGGAGACCCUGCUCUGUGCCAGCGCCUGUCCUGGGCCCUUGGGACAUAGAGGGCCCUGUGCUGCCCUCAGACUCCUCACCGCUACAGGCCAUGGGCUUCCCUUGGCAUCUCCCAAGGAUUGGGUGCACUUGGGGUGUUGAGGGGGCUAGGGUGGAGAAAGAAGGGGACCCCCCAUUUUGGAUUUGUGCCAUUCACUCAGGGGAAGGUGGGCAUAGUUAGGGGUGUGCAGACAGGCAAAUGGGUGUGACAAAUGGAAGAUGCAAGGAGGAUGACGAUGGUGACAGUGAUGAUGAUGACGCAGCAUGGUUCCUGAGCGGGCCCUGCCCUUUCCACCGCCUCUCCUGACUCCCGUUCCUAGUCCCCCACCUACCACAUGGUGUCCCCACUGACCUCAGUCCCACCCAGACCCUGCCAACACAGGGCCUUUGCACAGGCUGUUCCCCCACACUUGGAACAGCCUCCCUCUGUUUUUCAAAUGGCUACCCCUUUCUUGCUGUUCAGGGUCCUGCGGGCACCCUGAUUAGCGUGUGUACUCCCACCCUUCUGCCCCAUCCCCUUCUGUUUCUUUACAGCCCUUUUGGGAUCUGUAAUGAGCUGGUUUAUGUUUCUUUAACUGUUUAUUCCCUACCUUCAGGUUCAUCCCUUUGUCUCUGUGGACUUGAACAGUGAACAGGGCUCAGUAUUGGGCAUGUGUCUGUUGAGUGACUUUAUGAUGACAAUUCUAACAACAGUUAUAGCUGACAGUUAUUGCCCACUGAACCUGGGUGGACAGUGUGCCUAGUGCUUAGUGUGUAUUAUUUUGUUUUCACUUCAGCCUGAUGGUGUGAAGUCGGGACUAUUAUAAUUCCCAUUUUCCGGAUGUGGAAACUGAAGCCCAGAGAGAUUAAGUAACUUGUCCGAGACCACACAGCAGGCAAGGGGUCAGCCAUGUCAUCUGAGCCUCCCCCACCACCACAGCCCCCUACCCAUCAAGCUUCAGUCGGGCUGCUGGACACCCCUCGGACCCGCGAGCGCUCACCUUCCCCUCUGCGGGGCAACGUGGUCCCAAGCCCACUGCCCACUCGCCGGACAAGGACCUUCUCAGCGACGGUGCGGGCUUCACAGGGCCCCGUCUACAAAGGAGUCUGCAAAUGCUUCUGCCGAUCCAAGGGCCACGGCUUCAUUACCCCAGCUGAUGGUGGCCCCGACAUCUUCCUGCACAUCUCUGAUGUGGAAGGGGAGUAUGUCCCAGUGGAAGGCGACGAGGUCACCUAUAAGAUGUGCUCCAUCCCGCCCAAGAAUGAGAAGCUGCAGGCUGUGGAGGUCGUUAUCACCCACCUGGCACCAGGCACCAAGCAUGAGACCUGGUCUGGACAUGUCAUCAGUUCCUAGGAGAUUCUGGAAGCACCCCUUCUCCUGUGCUUGUGGGAGACUUUGCGGGCAGGCGGCAGCAGACACUGGAGAUGACAUUCUUCCAUACGAGACGGGGCUUCAGCAGGGCAUGGUCCCUUUCAAGUAUCUCCUGGAGGAAGGGGUGUGGGGGGCAGGCGUGGGGUGUUCCGGCCACCAGCACAGCCUCUGACCAUCACAGCAACCUCUCACCAUCUGAAGUGCAUUAAAAGCAUUUAAAAAGGA